AUGAGAGACAAUGUCAAUCUUGCUUUUUCUGCGUGGGGAACGCAAUUUGUGGCAGAAAUCACACCAGAGACCGGCUACAUCACGAAUAUUGACUAUAUUAGGGAGGUAGAAUAUCCCCAGCUGAAAGACACGACCUAUCUCGAUCACGCGGGGACAACGUUAUAUGCAAAGUCCUUGAUUCAGAGGUAUUCCGAAGAGCUCACAGGGAGCUUGUUCGGCAAUCCACAUUCGGCUUCGGCGUCUUCGCAACUAUCCUCUCGUCGAAUCGACGAUGCUCGGCUUCAAGUCUUGCGAUUCUUCAACGCCGUCCCUGAUGAAUUCGACGUAGUCUUCGUUCCCAAUGCGACAGCAGCCGUUAAGCUUGUUGGAGAUGCCUUCAGAGAUCAUGCAUCCGGGUUCAGAUACUACUAUCAUGCUGAGGCUCAUACCAGUCUCGUUGGAGUGAGGGAACUAGCGACUGGUGGAACGACCUGCUUUGCCAAUGACGGAGACGUCGAGGCGUGGCUGAAAGAUUUGGAGAAUCAACGUUCCACCGUCGAAGGGGAUCUGUCACUUUUUGCCUAUCCCGCUCAAUCAAACAUGACAGGCCGUCGGCUGCCGCUGAAAUGGAUCCGAAGGAUACGGAAGGCAACAAGGACCUCUGGGCAAUCUUUCUUUACUCUUCUCGAUGCUGCCGCCCUGGUAUCGACGGCGCCACUCGACCUUUCGGACGACUCCACGGCACCCGAUUUCAUAGCGCUGAGCUUCUACAAGAUCUUCGGCUUUCCAGAUCUCGGAGCUCUAAUUGUGCGGAAGUCCUCCGGCGAUAUCCUCCGUCGGCGGAGGUAUUUCGGCGGAGGAACGGUAGACUCGGUCGCGACGUUAGGAGAAAGUUGGCACGCCAAGAAAACUCCUUCGUUGCACAGCUGUCUCGAGGACGGGACUGUGGCCUUCCACAGCAUCAUUGCGUUACAGGCGGCGCUGGACAUCCACAGAAGACUGUACGGGUCGAUGGGGAAUGUCUCGAAGCAUACGAACUUCCUGGCGUCUACGCUCCGAAAUCAACUCCGCAGCCUUCAACAUGCCAAUGGAAGCAAGGUCUGCGCCAUUUACCCUGAUGGGCUUUCGGAUUCUCUCCCGCUAGGCCCUACUGUUGCCUUCAACCUCAAAGACAGCCGGGGCAAAUACGUAAGUAAUUCGGAAGCAGAGAAACUUGGGAUUGUGAAGAAUAUACAAUUCAGGACGGGUGGCCUAUGCAAUCCCGGCGGCAUCGCAGGCCAUCUUGGGCUUUCGGUGGAUGAGUUGCGCCGGAACUACGCCGAAGGCCAGCGGUGCGGAGGCGAGAAUGACAUUGUUAAUGGUAAACCGACGGGUGCGAUCCGGCUGAGUUUGGGUGCAAUGAGCAACACACAGGAUGUGGCGUCAAUCAUUGAUUUUAUCAAAGAGUUCUACGUGGACCGCGGUGCCCCGGCACAAACACAAGAGCAUGGAUCAGUGGCCGGGCCGCCCCCGACGCCUCAGAGUUUUGUGGUCGAGAGCUUGUCGGUUUUUCCCAUCAAAAGUUGCGCGGCAUAUAGAGUUCCCUGCGACGUGCUGUGGGAGGUGGGACCGAAAGGACUUGCAUGGGAUCGAGAAUGGUGUCUCGUCCACGAGGGCACCAACGUUGCGCUGAGUCAGAAGCGCUUCCCACGAAUGGCACUUAUUCGUCCCGAGAUUGACUUGCAAAUGGGCGUAAUUCGGGUCUCCUUCGAUUCUGGGUCUUCGCAAAACAAGAAGCUCGUUCUCAAUUUGGACUCGAAGCUUAUGCGCACAGGAACCAUUACUAAAUGUGAACGCACAACAAACAAAUCUUCAAACGUGUGUGGUGAGAAUGUCGACGUUCAUGUCUACACUUCAUCCGAAGUGGUGGAAUUCUUUACCGAAGCCUUGGGAGUCCCUUGUACGCUGGCGAGAUUUCCAAAUGACGGCACCAUCAGACAGGCCAAAGUGCGAGUGCCUGGUUUGCGUCACGGAAAACAGGCCACUGAAGUUGGAAAAUCCAUCGCUCUGUCUAACGAAAGCCCUAUCUUGCUUGUUUCACGUUCUAGUGUCAACCGUCUCAAUGAGCAGAUUAAGCAAAAUGGUGGCAUCGGCAAAGCUGUCACUGCCGACUCAUUCCGUGGCAAUAUAGUCAUUGCUGAGGACCUUAGACGGGGGUUAAUAGAAAACCCAUAUAUCGAGGAUGAGUGGACGAGUUUACAGAUUGGAGAUGGUCUGGACAGUGUGUUCGAAAUCCUGGGGCCGUGCCAACGAUGUCAAAUGGUCUGCGUGGACCAGAAGAGCGCACAACGGAGACAGGAGCCUUUCAGCACCUUGGCGAAAACAAGGCGAAAGGAUGGCCGGGUUUGGUUUGGCAUGCACAUGUGUUUGAUGUCUGGUAGCAUGCCAGAGGAUUGUUCUCGCCGGCCGCGUGUUAGCAUUAAGAUUGGGGACCGGAUUACGCCAUGGACAGCGAGCUGA